GACGCGAAGAAGCCCUUCCACGGCCUCUUCCUCGAAGAGUGCAGCAGAGGCUGUCCAGUCGACAGGUGGCUUAAUGUGGUUUUCGGGUCUGGCGGGGGCGCCACCUUGCAGGCCAUAGACCUCGGCUGCUUCUGCGUGAGCACCGCCGAGAAAGAAGGAGACUUGUCACGUGUGGUUCCGAUGGCACCGUAUUCACGGAAUGCCGAUUUUGAUUUGUUUGCUGGUGCAGGCCCUUUGCAGCUGCUUGAUAUGGCAAGCCCCUGUCGUAGCCGCUGCAACUGGACUGACACCAACGUUACUGAGGAGUUCUGCACCACCUGCACGACGAAGAGGAGGCAGGAUGUGCGUCAGACUGCCAGGCAUGAUGAGCGGCGAAGACGCUCAGAGCAGCGUCGUGGGACGGACACUAGCAGGAGGCACACCGAUGAGCGGACCCGGAGCCGCCACCACGGCCGACCGUCUGCGGAUCUCGAUGCCAGACGCGAGGAUCGGCGUGGCGAUGUGCGCGGCAGGCCCAGGCAAUCUUCCAGAACAAGGGAGGCAGACGUCUUGUCUCGGCGACGAGGAGGUGAAGGAUUUCGCGCAAGCAGCACAAACCACCACCGAGAUGUGGAAAGGAGCUCGAACUGUGUGCUGACGAAAGUUCUCCACUUGAGCGAGUUGCUGCAGAUCGCGGCGCAGAGAAAGGGAGAACGGCGCAAAGGACACGCCUGCCUCGCUUCGGGAGGUCGAGGGCGUCAUGGCCACACUUCCCGAAGAUCUGCUUGUUUUAUCUAG